CAACAUCUUUCCAAGAAGCCUGUCUUCUUUGGUUGUGUAGCGCUGUAUGAGCAGGAUGUCUGGACAGCCUGCUUUCCCCCGUACAUCCAUCCUCUUGAUUUGCAUUCUGGGUAUGACCUUGGUGACAACUGGCUUCCCUCAGCCUCGACUACCUCUCAGAAAUACGGACGAUUCAGAGGAACAUAAACGAGAUGACUGGGAUGUCCUCUUUCCCUCCAUCUCUCUCCGUGAUUGGAGCAUUCAAAUGAUGUCGGCACCCAGUCUCGGAGCAGCGGCCGACAGCAAGGCGGGGCUGAUGAGGGAGGCGUGGCUGUUCGCCCCACAGAGGACAGAGGCAAGCAUGGAGAGGGCGUGGCCUGCUGAGUGGUCGUCUCAGGGAGCCGGGAUGGUGAAGAGGAACAUGGUGGUGGCUGAUGAUGCUGCCUUCAGGGAGAAGAGUAAGCUCCUCACCUCCAUGGAGAGACAGAAGUGGCUCAACUCCUACAUGCAGAAACUACUGGUGGUUAAUUCUUAAUGAUAGUUUAGUCUUUACAGCCUUUAUAUCAAAAAAAACAAAUCACCUCUCUAAAAGAUACACUGGCAACAAACCUU